ACCCGCCCACCAAUGAUCAAACAACCAUGAGCAGCGCGUGGUCUCACUCUCGGAGGAGCCGAGGACACCGGCAGAAGGAACAGACAGGAGUGAUCCAGGAUCCGAAAGCUGAAGCCUCAGUGCCUCGUGGCUCCUGCAUGACCAUGUGCCCUGCCUACGAGCUACGCCAGCGGGAAGCACAGAGCCGCCUGCACAAGUUUGAGAUGCUGCCUGGCACCGAGCGGGACCGUCUGCCGCGGGCUGACGUCUCACGUGCUGUAAAAGAGUAUUCACGGCCCGCCGCCGGGAAAGACUCCACCAGAGCCAGUGACCUCCGACCGCCAUCUGUGCUUUUAAAGACUGUCUCUUAUCUGGUUGAUGAGGUCGCAACUUCUUCUGCAUUUCAGCCAUGGACGGAGGUGUAUAGUUUUGUGUUUGACCGCCUACGUAGCGUCCGGCAGGACAUGAUCAUCCAGCGUGUGUCUGGGCCUGACUGUGUGGCGGUGCUGGAGAAAAGUGUGCGUUUCCUCCUCUACUCUUCCUACAGGCUCUGCGGGCAGCCGCUUCAGCUUUAUGACCCACGCAUCAAUGACACUCACCUGCAGGAGAGCCUGAGCUGGCUGCUGGAGAGCUACAGUGAGGGAAAACACCAGCAUCAACAGGAGUUUCAGGCCCUCGCUCUGCUCUACAACCUGGGUUCGGCUCAAGCUGUUCAGCAUGUUCUUGCUUUACCUGAGAGGAUCCGCAGCUCUCCGGCUGUCCGUCUGGCUCUAGCGGUGAGCAGAGCACACAUGGAGCGUAACCCAGUUCGGCUCCUCCGUCUGGCCCAGAGGUUGGACUUCAUGCAGGUGUGUGCCGUCCACCGACACCUGCUGCCCUGCAGGAGAGACCUGCUCCUGCUCUACAGCCACGGGCACAGCAGCCGAAACUGUCGCUACCCUCUGCAGAGACUGGCACAGCUGUUGUGUCUAAAAGAGGUGCUGGCUGCUGAGCUGUGCACGGUGUACGGCGUGAAGGUCACUGGAGACUGGGUCAACUUCUCCAAGAGCUCCUUCACUGAAGCUUCAUCUGCAGAUCUGCAGUGCAGGCACAUGCAUGAACCGCUGGACCACGAGCACUGGAACGGCUCUUCUGGGAGUCUGAUUCAUGCUUGUGCCUGAUAACUUGCCUUUUAUACACUGCUCUAAUCAUUUGGACUGUUGUUUCUUUUAUUUGUAUUUUUGGGGUGUUAAUAGUUUUAAUGAUAUAUUUCCUAUUUAAUGAUAUAAUUUCCUACUUCUGAUCUUGUCAAAAGAGAAAAAACCCUCAAAGUUUCAAUAAAGCUUUACAUUUUUAAAAAACAGUUAUUUUAUAUAAAGAGAGAGCACAUUAAAAGUAAAAUUUCUAUUUUAAAGGUACAGCUCACCCAAAAAUAUAAGUUCUGUCAUUAUUUACUUUCCACUUGUCUUAAAGCUUUGAGCUUCUU